GUAGUAAAAAUAGAAACCGGAGACUGACUCAAAAGCGCCGCAACACCGCCUUCCGACGCUUUCGCCGUCUCUCCCUCGCCCGCUCCAACCUCUCGUUCGCCGCGCCCAGCGGCUCAAGUCCGUCAAAAUUACUAGUCACGAGUCCCGCCGCUCCCUCCUCGGAGGCCAAGAUUUGGAUCGAAACUACGCUCCAUACGCUGGCGGUUUUCAUCACCGCGAAGGAUACCCAGUCGCUCAGCCAGUAGAUAAACCCAAGAUGGUUGGCAUCUAUAAACCCAGCUCGAGGUGGACGUGGUCGUUUCUUCUGAUUGCCCUCGUCCAAGCAAUAGUCGGCUUGGCUCUGGAGGCUUACGUUUUCGGAAAAUAUCAAUUUGCUGUGGACAACGAAGACAGGACGGGACCAGAAGACAACAGUGGGCAGACGGUAACGGCAUUGAAAAAUGCCAUACCCACCUACUUGUCCGUUUUCAUGUUCGGUUUCAUUUACCAGUUGCUUCUGGUUUAUGAUGCUCUCCGUUUAAAGAACACAAUUCAGGUUAUCGGUCUCUGUGUCUACAACAUGGGAAUCCUCGUUUAUGCUGCUAUUCAGAUCGAUCAGCUCAAAGACAACGUCGACCGACUUUCUGAAAAGAAUAUCUUAGGACUCAACUUUUGGUCCAGUGUCAAAGCCUCUCUCAUCGCACUCCCGAUCCUUAUGGCUGUGGGUACGAUGUUCCUUGUCGUUGUCACCUGGAAGCUAUAUGAUGAGUUUGCAUGGACAAUCUACAAGCAUAUUAGUGCCGACCUUCGCCUGAAGAGAAGAUAUUUGACAUACCAGAUUUACAUUGCUCUUCUGAAGUUUGAUUUUUUCUUCUUCCUGGGCUUCACGGUACAGUUUCUUGUCAUCGUAACAAACACGAAAGACGUGGAAUUCUGGCUUACGAUCGCCGCCAUUCCCGUCACGAUUGUCCUUUUGAUGCUAGCUGCCUAUUGGACUCGAAAGGAAAACACGGUCGGCAUGAUUGCUAUUAUUAUCAUUUACUUUGCGGCUAUGGCCUAUUUCCUCUUCAAGCUCAUCCGCAUGUACAGCAACGAUGACCGUGCCAAUGAUUAUCUGCCGGCGCGCCGCAUGCUUUCGACAUUUGCUGGCCUGACCAUCGUCCUUCUCGUGGGCACCAUUAUCAUCGCGUGCAUGUGCACGCACAACUUCAACAAAGGUCUCAAGCCGCAUGUAGACCGUCGCGGCGGUGUAGGUAAUGCCGACGAGGUCAAGUACCAGACUGAGAUGCCCGCAUAUGGUGGCAGCCCAGCCGCGCAACCUAUGCCAUCCCGGAUGACGAUCGACUGAGCGAAAGGUAUACUAUUUUGGCGUGUCGAUAUUAGCAAGCAGGCGGACGGAUCACAGAUGCUUCACUUACGGCUGUACAUUGGCACUUGGCGCAACUGGCGUUAGAUGGCGCAUUAUAGUUGCACGAUUCCCCGGGCCUUCUGUUCGCUCCUACUUUUAUGUCGAGGAAUUAUUUUUGGGCGUCUCAUUUUGGACAUUUGAUCUACCCGAUCUGGUCACUCCUUUACGAACAAAGCGUGUUAUAGAGAAACGAAUACUUCAGCUGCGACCCUUG